UCCUGACACAACCGCUACCAAACACUGGCAAGUCCGCUCCUCCAAUCCGCGUCCGAAUUGCCACGUCGAGGUGCAUCGACGCGAGCAGCAUUAUCGUGCUUCAUCAUCAUCCCACCACGCCGCUCCUGCAGGGUGCUUCCACGUCGAAACCAGUCACACCUUGCUGCCCAAACCAAGGCCAUACCCACUCAAAAGCCUCGCCGCUCCUGCGACCUCUCUAUCGCGAGUUCGCGCCUUGUCCGCUCCAUACUUCCCACUUUCCACCGCCCGCCUGCCAGCACCCGCCCUGCUUACGUCCGGUCAGAUAAGACAGGCUUCGUUGUGCCCGCACCUCGACACUCGCCCCUCCAGCGCUCAAACAUGAUACUAUCGGCUCUUCACAGACAAUCCGACAUCGUCAGACGAUACCACAUACGAUCAUCUUUGCGCGACGCGCGCUGAGGCAUUGUGCGCACACUGACAGCACGGGCUGCGUAUUCGCCAUGGCGAGCAUGCUCGAUUACCUGCACUCCACCUCCGGUUUCACAUCCGAAAACAGCUUAUCGGGCGUACCAACCCCGCCAUACACACCGUCUCGCCCAUUGCGACCAGGAAAGCGGUCAAGGCUCGAGCGCAGCGACUCGCCUGCCAGCCUCGCCGGCUCCAUACAUCCCCACGAAACUGCGAGCCCCGCUACGAAGCCAGCCAAGAAACGACUUGCAGUCGACAACAUCAAAGUGGAGGAAAUACCCGAUGACGCGGGGUACAUGGGGGAUGUAGACGGCAUCUUGCCCUACGAAACAGAAUCCGCAGAUAGCAGCGAUGAAGAAAGUGACCUCGCUGAAGACGAUACCGCCACUGAUGUCAGCGGGGACGAGGCGAUCGGUCUAGCACAGAGAUUGUCGCAAAUGGACUGCGCAGAUGAAAGAGAGGCUUUCUUGCAGGAAAGGAAGCGACGACGGCAGCGAGAACGCAAACAGGGAAACCACACCAAGCGAACGCACAGUCUUGCCAACGAAAGCAUUGCAGAGCCGACAGAUAUUGAAGCAUUUGACGAUCAUGAUUAUGAAGUAGGAAAGCGCAGGUUGAGACGUCGAACGAGAGGUCCUGAUGACAUGAUACCGGACAUGACCAACGAGCGGCCCAGAUCUCCGCCUGAAGAUGGCCAUCAUAGCUCCGCACAUACAAGUGUCGCCGGGAUAGACGCGGGCAGCCUUACUUCAGAUGUUGAGGCUGAAGCAAUGGAACUGGACGAGAACAAGUGAAGUGAGCGCGAAACGCCACUACACCCAUGUCAACGACAGGGCUGCCGUAUGGUUCUUUCAUAUCAGAGCAUUGAUAGAGCAGCGGGUCCUAUGCUUGCCGGUCAAUCUCAAGUAAAGGUGAAUGUCCUGCAUGACAUGUAUCGCAGUCACCGCUUCUUGUUUUCGGCAUGUCAGACGCAGCUGCAGAAGGAUGCCACGUCCAUUGACAGUUCGAGCCAUGGCAUUGUCAGCAUGGUCCAAUGCAACUCAGACUGCUUGAUCAGCACUGCCAGGUCGCCAUGCCUUAGCCCGCGCAGCCCACGGUCAUGUCAGGCCAAUGACUUUUCGUGCUCGUGUGGCUAGACGAAGAUGGACUUGGACAAGCUCUAGUCCCGUUUAUUGCGAACAGUGACCGAGACAUAAUGCAUUUGCAAACUAAGUCAGCGCAGCAUAUAUGUCACGAAGUUAUGAGAAUGAGAAGUGCUUUGCAUGAGCAGUUUUCACUCGAACCUGCCAACGUCUUGCCGUUGCUCGCAAGACCUCGUCGCAUUUUCCAUACGCAGGACGCGGAUACUGUACUCCUCAAAUCCUACGAAUCUAUGACAUAUGCGCAGCUUCUCUCCAAACAUAAAGUUUGUGUUGCUGCAGCACCUCCAGCUGCCGCUGCCACCAACGCGUCUACGGGCUCUGCCGUGCCUAUUCCUGCACGUUAGCGCUUAGUGGCUUUUGCAUCACCUUCUUAGCGAC